CACUCGUUCAUCACAAAGCUGCUGAAAACGAAAGAGACACAGAGGAAAAGAGAAGGCAAUGGCACUUUUCCUACUUCCUUUCAUGCUCAGCCUUUCCACCAUCAAAGCUGCUGAUCCAACUCAAGCCGUGCGCGGACUUUACUGCUCCAACUCAAGCACCUUCGCUUCCAAGAGCGCCUACCAGGCCAACCUCAAACGUGUUCUGGAUGAUCUUGUCCAUCGCGCCGGCGGCCCUGACCAAGGGACCUGCUUCACUUCGAAGGGAACAAGCUCGAGCGUGGGCGUCUACGGAAGCUUUAUGUGCAGAGGUGGCAUCUCCAAGAAAGAGUGCGUGGGAUGCGUCAAGAGGGCGAGCUGCGAAAUAACCAGCUUAUGCCAGAUGACCAAAGUAUCCAUCUUGUGGUACGAUCAGUGCAUGUUGCGCUACUCCGACACGGAUUUUUACAAGAAGGUGGAGCAGGAACCUCGGUUGCACGCAUACUAUGAGUGGCACAUAGAAGAGCGGCGUAAAUUGAGGGAGCUACUGAGCAACACAAAUAGUGAUACAUCAAGGGAGACCGCUCCGCCUCCUCAUAGUUAUGGGAGAUAUGGUAAGGUGGAGCCUCACAGUUGA